CGGAACCGGAACCGACUUGACGCCGGAACCGGAACCGAGAGCGGGUUGCCAGGGCCCGAAGGGCUGGCGGCGGCGGCCUCGCUCGCCCCUGCUUGGGAGAGCGGAACCCCCGGGCCGUGGGGGAGAGACCCCGGCAGCGCCGCAGAGGCGCCGGGGAGGGCGGGAGCUGCGCAGGUUGUCACUUCCUUGCUGGCGGAUUUGGCCACAGAUAGUUGCCAAGAUAGCUGGGCCGGGCAGAAAGCGCCGUAGCCCUGACCCAGACGCCGUCGCCGACCCCGGGGCACUCUGGCUGUCGACCAAGCGUCUCAAGAUGUCUGGUGGGGCCAGUGCCAUGGGCCCAAGGAGAGGGCCCCCCGGGCUGGAGGAGGCCACCAGCAAGAAGAAGCAGAAGGACCGAGCCAACCAGGAGAGCAAGGAUGGAGACCCUCGGAGGGGAGGGUCUGUGUCCACUCCUCAAGAGGAGCAGGCCAAAGAGGAGGUGCUGCUCGACUGGAAGCAGAAUGCAGAUGAGGUGAUGGUGAAGCUGCGUGUGGGAGCAGGCCCCCUGCGGCUGGAGGAGGUGGACGCUGCUUUCACAGACACAGACUGCGUGGUGCGGUUUCCAGGUGGUCAGCAGUGGCGCGGUGUUUUCUAUGCCGAGAUCGAAAGUUCUCGCGCCAAAGUGCAGGCUCGAAAAGGUGGCCUCCUCCAGCUGGCGCUGCCCAAGAAGGUGCCUCUGCUCACCUGGCCUUCUCUCCUGAAGAAACCUCUAGGGAUGCGAGAGUCGGUGCCAGGGCUGCGGUGCCAGGAGAACGGGCAGGAGUCCUCUCCCAUUGCCCUGGAGCCAGCCCCUGAGCCCCGCCGGGCAAAGCAGGAGGCCCGGAAUCAGAAGCGGGCCCAGGGCCGCGGUGAGGUGGGGGCGGGGGCUGGCCCCGGGGCCCAGGCAGGGCCCAGUGCCAAGAGGGCUGUGCAUCUCCGAAGAGGGCCAGAGGGGGAAGGAUGCAGAGAAGGCCCUGGGCCCCAGGGCGAGGCGCCCCCCUUCCUGGCUGAGGCAGCCACCCAGGCGGAGGCCGAGGAGCAGCUCCGGGUCCCACCGCUGGAGCCCCAGCCCUGCCUCCUGGGCUCGGAGGAGAAGCCAGCGCUUCUGGCCGGAGAGAAGGCAGCGUCCCCCAGGAGUGACCCCGUCUCUCCAGCCCUGACCCGGAGCAGAGCCCCCGAGAAAGAGCCGGAACCCAUGGUGAGCCUGGCGUUUGUCAAGAACGACUCGUACGAGAAGGGGCCUGACGCGGUGGUGGUGCACGUGUACGUGAAGGAGAUCCGCAGGGAGGCCUCGCGCGUGCUUUUCCGUGAGCAGGACUUCACGCUCGUCUUCCAGACCAGGGACGGGAACUUCCUGAGGCUGCACCCGGGCUGCGGGCCCCACACCGUCUUCCGCUGGCAGGUGAAGCUCAGGAACCUGAUUGAGCCCGAGCAGUGCACCUUCUGCUUCACGGCCGCCCGCAUCGACAUCUGCCUCCGCAAGCGGCAGAGCCAGCGCUGGGGCGGCCUGGAGGCCCCCGCUGCACGAGGUGCAGUGGGUGGUGCAAAGGUUGCCGUGCCGACAGGCCCAACCCCUCUGGACUCGACCCCCCCCGGAGGUGCUCCGCACCCCCUCACAGGCCAGGAGGAGGCCCGGGCCGUGGAGAAGGAGAAGCCCAAGCCUCGAGCUGAGGACACGGGGCUGGACGGCGUGGCGGCCCGCACCCCCGUGGAGCAUGGAGCCCCCAAGCCAGAGCCUCACUUGGCCUCACCCAAGCCCACGUGCAUGGUGCCGCCCAUGCCCCACAGCCCUGUGAGCGGGGACAGCGUGGAGGAGGAGGAGGAGGAGGAGAAGAAGGUGUGCCCGCCGGGCUUCACCGGGCUGGUCAACCUGGGCAACACCUGCUUCAUGAACAGCGUCAUCCAGUCCCUGUCCAACACCCGCGAGCUGCGGGACUUCUUCCACGACCGCUCCUUCGAGGCCGAGAUCAACUACAACAACCCGCUGGGGACCGGGGGGCGCCUCGCCAUCGGCUUCGCCGUGCUGCUCCGGGCGCUGUGGAAGGGCACCCACCACGCCUUCCAGCCUUCCAAGUUGAAGGCCAUUGUCGCCAGCAAGGCCAGCCAGUUCACAGGCUACGCCCAGCACGACGCCCAGGAGUUCAUGGCUUUCCUGCUGGACGGGCUGCACGAGGACCUGAACCGCAUUCAGAACAAGCCCUACACGGAGACCGUGGACUCCGAUGGGCGGCCCGAUGAGGUGGUGGCUGAGGAGGCGUGGCAGAGGCACAAGAUGAGGAACGACUCCUUCGUCGUGGACCUGUUCCAGGGCCAGUACAAGUCGAAGCUGGUGUGCCCCGUGUGUGCCAAGGUCUCCAUCACCUUUGACCCCUUCCUCUACCUGCCGGUGCCCUUGCCCCAGAAGCAGAAGGUCCUCCCCGUCUUCUUCUUCGCCCGGGAGCCGCACAGCAAGCCCGUCAAGUUCCUGGUGAGCGUCAGCAAGGAGAACUCCAGCGCCAGCGAGGUGCUGGACGCCCUCGCACAGCGGGUCCACGUGCAGCCCGAGAACCUGCGUCUGACCGAGGUGAUGAAGAGCCGUUUCCACCGCGUGUUCCUGCCCUCCCACUCCCUGGACAGCGUGUCCCCCUCGGACCUGCUCCUCUGCUUCGAGCUGUUGUCCCCAGAGUUGGCUAAGGAGCAGGUGGUGGUGCUGGAGGUGCAGCAGCGCCCCCAGGUGCCCAGCAUCCCCAUCUCCAAGUGCGCAGCCUGCCAGCGGAAGCAGCAGCCCGAGGACGAGAAGCUGAAACGCUGUACCCGGUGCUACCGCGUGGGCUACUGCAACCAACUCUGUCAGAAAACCCACUGGCCUGACCACAAGGGCCUCUGCCGCCCUGAGAACAUCGGCUACCCCUUCCUGGUCAGCGUGCCUGCCUCCCGCCUCACCUACGCCCGCCUCGCCCAGCUGCUGGAGGGCUAUGCCCGGUAUUCCGUGAGUGUCUUCCAGCCGCCCUUCCAGCCGCCCUUCCAGCCCGGCCGCAUGGCCCUGGAGCCCCCUGGCUGCACCGCGCUGCACUCCGCCAGCUCUCCGGAGGCCGGGGACAGCGAGAGGGACUCCAUGCCGCCGCCUGAGCUCCAGAUGGUGACUCCCGUGGCAGAGGGGGACAUGGUGCCCCGGGCGUGGGCAGCCCCUGAUCGGGGACCGGUGCCCAGCACCAGUGGCAUUUCUUCGGAGAUGCUGGCCAGCGCGCCCGUUGAAGGUGGCUCCUUGCCUGCUGGUGAGAAGGUGCCCCGGCCCGAAGCUGCUGUGCCCGGGUACCAACACCCAAGUGAAGCCGUGAAUCCCCACACGUCCCAGUUCUUGAUCUAUAAAAUCGACGCAGCCAACCGAGAGCAGCGGCUCGAGGAUAAAGGAGACACCCCGCUGGAGCUGGAGGAGGACUGCAGCCUGGCGCUCGUCUGGCGGAACAACGACCGCCAGCAGGAGUUCGUGCUGGUGGCCUCCAAGGAGCUGGAAUGCGCCGAGGAUCCCGGCUCUGCCGGCGAGGCUGCCCGCGCCGGCCACUUCACUCUGGACCAGUGCCUCACCCUCUUCACUCGGCCUGAAGUGCUGGCCCCGGAGGAGGCUUGGUACUGCCCGCAGUGCGAGCAGCACCGCGAGGCCUCCAAGCAGCUGCUGCUGUGGCGCCUGCCCAACGUGCUCAUCGUGCAGCUCAAGCGCUUCUCCUUCCGCAGCUUCGUCUGGCGCGACAAGAUCAACGACUUGGUGGAGUUCCCCGUCCGGAACCUGGACCUGAGCAAGUUCUGCAUCGGCCAGAAGGAGGAGCAGCUGCCCCGCUACGACCUGUACGCCGUCAUCAACCACUACGGCGGCAUGAUCGGCGGCCACUACACCGCCUGCGCACGCCUGCCCAACGACCGCAGCAGCCAGCGCAGCGACGUGGGCUGGCGCUUGUUUGAUGACAGCACGGUGACAACGGUGGACGAGAGCCAGGUCGUGACGCGUUAUGCCUACGUCCUCUUCUACCGCCGGCGGAACUCUCCUGUGGAGAGACCCCCCCGGGCAGGCCACGCUGAGCGCCACCCAGACCUGGGCCCUGCAGCCGAGGCUGCUGCCAGCCAGGCUUCCCGGAUUUGGCAGGAGCUGGAGGCCGCGGAGGAGCCGGUGCCCGAGGGGCCUGCGCCCCGGGGUUCCUGGGGGCCCCAGGACUGGGUGGGCCCCCCGCCAUGCGGCCCCCCCACCCCAGAGGAGGGCUGCCUCCGGUACUUUGUUCUGGGCACCGUGGCAGCCUUGGUGGCCCUCGUGCUCAACGUGUUCUACCCUCUGGUGUCCCAGAGCCACUGGACGUGAGCCGCCCGCCCGCCCCCAGGCACGCCUGCCUCGGGGACCAGCUCUGGGCUCGGGCCUCGGUGUGUGCCUGAGGGAGAAGGGUCUGUGGCUCCUGCAGGGGCAGAGCAAACGAGGGUGGGUGUCCAUCCAGCUGUCCGCUCGUCCUGCUGCUCUGACCUUGGCCUGGGCCUGGCCCUGCCCACGCAGCUUCCUGUAUUUAAAGCGUUAAUAAAGCGAGACUGUCCAGGCCUGA